AUGAAUAAAGAGAAAGAUAACUAGGAACUAUUAAUAGGAAAGGAUUGGGAAGGAAACCAAAUUCAUAUUCAUCACAAUGAUCUUCAUAAGGCAGAAUAUGUUGACGUUUAGGCUAUGUUGAAUGAUACCUUAGAUAAAUUGGAUAAAAUAGAGAAGAUAGAAAUAUUUAUGACCUUCCUUAACUUUACUACAAAAGCCUUAUCACUCUACCUCGUCCUCAUUUAUUAUGAUACAGUUUUCAAAUACGAUUCUCUAUUGCUAUUUAGUUAUCUCUUAUAUGCUCUGCUUGAGGUGGUGGCUUUUGGAGCUGCAUUUGCAGUUGUUUUGAGUGCUCGUAUAAUUUCAGCCUUGUUGGGAGUGAACGUAUUCUAUUUAGACAGCUUCAUUUAUUUACCCAUCUUGUAUUCUGUAUUUAAGUUUUGCUUUGUGGUAACAUUUCUUGUUUAAUCAUUGACCGUGGUGAUCUUUUCUAAGUUUUCCCAUUGGGUGUUCCCUUUAGUUUUGGUAUAAGAAGCAAUUGAAAUAUUAAAAUAGAUAGCCUCCCUGUUUGUGACUCUGAUAUUGCAGGUUAGUCGAUUGAUCCUGAUGGUGGGUGGGAAGGUCAGUUCCAUAUCGAAGUGUUUUGAUACCAACUGGAUAUUUAAGAUAUUGGCUCCUGAGAAUUGGCAGAAGAGUUACCAAUUGACAAGGAAUAUGCUGUAUCAAUUUUUGAAUAUCUUCGAGGAACUCAACCCAGAAUACAAAGAAUUUAUACAGAAGGGUUACAAGUAUCAGAAGCAAGUGAUCGAAUUGAAGGAGGACAUCGAAUGGGCCAAAGAUUUCAUCAAGAGAUCGAUCAUAGAAAAUAACGAUGUUCCAGGCAAUACUACUUCUAAUAGAUAAUCUCUUGCCGUACAACAUUGA